UCCUGACCUGAGCCUCAGAUCGUCACGUUUGAGCUCUAAGACUCGAGAGAAGAGCAGCACCAGCCCAGGAGGAAUGAAUACCAUCUCUGUUCAACAGCUCCUGGCGGAGGAUUGGCCGUUCGGUGUCCUGAUCUGCAAACUCCUGCCGUUUAUCCAGAAAGCCUCGGUGGGAAUCACAGUCCUGAGUCUCUGCGCUCUGAGUAUCGACCGGUACCGGAUCGUCUCAUCCAGGACUCGGACCAAAGCUCCGGGUUUUCCCAGGUGGAUCGCAGUCCAGGUGUGUUUAAUAUGGACGAUCUCGACUCUCCUGGCCGUUCCCGAGGCCGUGGCGUUCGACCUGAUGGAGAUGGAUUACAGAGGCCAGCGUCUGCGGAUCUGUCUCCUUCAUCCUCUACAGUCCUCAUCCUUCAUGCAGUUUUAUAAAGUGUCCAAAGACUGGUGGCUGUUGGGGUUCUACUUCCUGGUCCCGCUGGCGUGCACCUCCGUCUUCUACUCCCUGAUGACCCGCAGGAUCUUCAGCCGAAGCGUUCUGGACACACACAUGAAGCAGAGGCGCGAGGCGGCCCGGACCGUCUUCUGUCUGGUUCUGGUGUUCGCCGUCUGCUGGUUCCCACUUCACCUCAGCCGGAUCCUCAAGAUGACCAUCUAUGAUGAGCACGACCCCGACAGAUGCAGCUUACUGAGCGCUUUCCUUGUUCUGGACUACAUCGGCCUCAACAUGGCGUCGGUGAACUCAUGCAUCAACCCCGCGGCUCUGUACGCCGCCAGCAAACGCUUCAGGAACCACUUCCAGGCGUCGCUCGCCGUCUGCUCCGACGAGAGGAGCUCCAGGAGGUCAAAGGUCACGGACGACUUUCGGGAGGUCAAAGGUCACAGCGGAGUUUCAGGAGGUCAAAGGUCACAGAGGAGUUUCAGGAGGUCAAAGGUCACAGAGGAGUUUCAGGAGGUCAAAGGUCACGGAUCCGCUCUCUGACGUCAGUCUGACUUUAGUUUUUGUAAAUACAAGAUUGUGUGUGUGUGUGUGUGUGU